AUGUCGUCGAGAAGCGCGUGGCGUGGCCUGCAUUGGUGUGCUAAGAGACGGCCUCAGGUGCCCCAGACUCCCUACAGAUGCUUCUCCUGCACUGCUCGUCUUCAGACACCAGGCCAGCAGACCGAGGAGCGGAAGACUCACUUUGGUUUCGAGACGGUGCGGGAGUCCGAGAAGGAAUCAAGAGUUGGUGCGGUCUUUAGCUCGGUAGCAAGCUCAUAUGAUACGAUGAACGACUGCAUGUCACUCGGCAUUCACAGACUAUGGAAGGACUAUUUUGUGCGGUCGUUGAACCCCGGUCGCCAGUACGCACGCGAAAGCCCUGUAGAGAGUGGUAGCAGUGAUGCCGCCCAUCAAGGGUGGAAUAUCCUCGACGUUGCCGGCGGGACGGGAGACAUUGCCUUCCGCAUGCUCGACCACGCCACGAAUAUCAAGCAUGACCAAUACACCCGAGUGACGGUAGCUGAUAUAAACCCGGAUAUGCUGGCGGAGGGCAAAAAGCGGAGCCUCGAUACACCAUAUUAUAGAACCGAUAGGCUGUCCUUCAUGCAAGGCAAUGCAGAGUCAAUGCCGUCCAUACCAUCCAAUUCAGUCGACCUGUACACUGUCGCGUUUGGUAUCCGUAAUUUCACCAACAAGCAGGCCGCGUUGGAGGAGGCCUACCGCAUCCUCAAGCCAGGCGGUGUCUUUGCAUGUCUCGAAUUUAGCAAGGUGACGGUGGGCGUUGUCGAUGAGGUGUAUAAACGGUGGAGCUUCGGUGCGAUUCCGUUGAUCGGGCAGCUGGUGGCUGGAGACCGAGCCAGCUAUCAGUAUCUUGUCGAGAGCAUCGAGAGGUUCCCCAGCCAAGAGCAGUUCCGCGGAAUGAUUCGCAAAGCUGGCUUUAUCACUCCUGGCGAUGGCUAUGAGAACCUCUCUCUGGGAAUCGCAGCCAUCCACAAAGGCGUCAAGCCAUUGAAGUGA